AUCUCCAGAGAUACGGACGCCCCGGGGGAAUAUGAGCUGAGGACGACUCGAUAGCUCAAUAUCGCUGAUUGUACAGAGCUCUUCAAACAUGGCUGGAGGGCUUUCGUCGUGGGCUGGCUUGUUUAUACUUGUAGCGGCGACUCAUGUCUUGCUCACCUACGGUCAACAGCACCGGCGGUCCUUCGUCAUCGAUUACGAAAACAACCGCUUCCUGAAGGAUGGCGAGCCGUUUCAGAUUAUUUCCGGUUCUAUGCACUACUACAGAACACUUCCGGAGCAAUGGGAGGAAAGACUUGCCACAAUGAAGACCGCGGGCCUCAACACCGUUCAAACCUACAUCGAAUGGAGCAGCCACGAGCCCGAGAAUGACCAUUUGGACUUCGAGGGCCGACAAGACCUUAUCAGAUUCAUUAAAAUUGCCGAACGUCUCGGGUUCUUCGUAAUCCUAAGGCCGGGUCCUUUCAUCGACUCCGAGCGAGACAUGGGAGGCCUGCCCUAUUGGCUGCUGAGCGAGACCAACACGGUCAGACUUCGAUCCAGUGAUGAAAGGUACCUGAAGUAUGUGGACCGCUACUUCUUUAAGCUGCUGCCGCCUCUGAAGCCGCUUCUCUAUUCCAACGGAGGACCUAUUUUGAUGCUCCAGGUUGAGAACGAGUAUGGGAGCUACGAAGCCUGCGACUUUGUGUACACGACCCACCUGAAAAAUGCUAUGCGUCGCUACCUGGGCCCAGACGCCCUACUGUACACCACCGACGGCGGCGGAGACGACUUCUUCAAGUGCGGCAAGAACGACGGCGCUUACAGCACCGUCGACUUCGGCGCCGGUGCGGACGUGGUGGCGUCCUUCGCCGCCCAGCGGCGUCACCAGGAGCGCGGUCCGCUGAUGAACUCCGAGUUCUACCCCGGCUGGAUCGACCACUGGGGCGAGAAGCACGCACACGUCAACGCUUCUAGCGUCGCUAAGACGCUCCGGCAGAUGUUGAGCAUGAACGCCUCCGUCAAUAUAUACAUGUUCCAUGGAGGAACCUCCUUCGGAUGCAAAUCUGGCGCCAACAUUAUCAACGGGGUCUACGCUCCCAAUCCGACCAGCUACGACUUCGACGCCCCCAUGAACGAGGCCGGCGAUCCCACAGAAAAAUUCGAGGUUUUGCGCAACGUCAUCUCUGAGUUUCUUCCCGGACCUCCUCCCGGCCCGGUGCCGUCCCCUAAAGAAAAGAUGGCGCUGGGACCGUUCACGAUGAGGCGUGUUUUGGGUUUGGAAGACAUUAUGGCGGCAGGAUCCAUCAAGACAUCCAAGUUUCCUCUAUCAUUCGAACAAGUUGGUCACGGUCACGGCUUGAUGAUCUACUACACCAAGAUCUCUUUUCGGCCUCGUGACCCGGCGCUUCUGCGGAUUCCCGGACUUCGAGACCGUGGCUACGUCUACGUCGAAAAUGAGUACAGGGGUCUGCUAUCCCGAAUGGACAAUGUGUACGAUAUUCUAGUUCCCAUCAAGAAAGGUCAGACCCUGGCCAUCGUGGUCGAGAAUCAGGGACGGGUCGCAGAUGCAAACGGGAACAACGACACGAAGGGCAUUAUAUCGAACGUAACAUUGUCAGGAAUGAUUUUGACUCCGUGGGCGAUGAUGCCCAUUCCGCUGGAGGAAAUACCCGGCCUUCGAAACAUCGACUCUAGCAUCAACUUUCAGCUUGAGCAUACGGAAGGCAUAGGCGCCUACUUCGUAGAUUUUCCAGCACCCGAAGACGAAGUCCUGGACACAUUUCUUCAAGUAGACGGAUGGAAAAAAGGCUUCGCCUUUUUGAACAAUUUCAACUUGGGUCGCUACUGGCCGGUGAUGGGGCCUCAGAUGACCCUGUACGUACCCUCGGUUCUUUUUCGGGAGCACAACCGUCUCAUCCUCCUGGAAUUGGAACGCGCGCCCUGUAGCCUCUUCGAGGAUUGCAGCGUCGAGUUUGUGAAGACACACGUGAUCAAUGGCACAGUGCCGAUGAAUGGUGGGAAUGAAUCGGUUAGGAUGUGAUCGAAUAUUUCAACAAAAAAAUGUAGAUAUUACGCGCGAAAAUCAUUUCCGCAAAGAAUUACAAGGUCGUGCAGCCUGUUUUGGCAUGGCUGACAAUUAGGAAUCAAUGGUUAAUGAUUAGUUACAUACUCAGACAUCAAGAAAUUUUGAAAGGCCUCAGUAUUAAGACCAUCCAGGUCUCAACAAUUUCUUCGUGAAUCACUCGGUAUCACAUCGCUAGCAGUUGAUCACUGGUUUGUGAUUAAUCUUAAAUAUAUAGCUAAGGUUGUUUCUUUCUUCGAGCCACACUAUCUUACACUUUUGAAACACGCUGAUAGUUUGAUUUAAUAUAUGUUGAAUUGAAAGAGAAUUAAAAAAAAACUUUAAAAA